AUAUUUAUCGACGACAUUAUUAUCUUUAGCAAUACUAUAGAUAAGUACAUUAAACACUUAGAAACCGUCUUUAGCCUCUUUAAGAAGAAGAAUAUCUUUAUUGCUUUUACUAAAUCUUAUAUCGUAUAUCCUAGUAUAGAGCUACUUGGUUUCUACGUCGAUAGAUUUGGACUGACUAAUACAGAGUACUAUGUCGCUGCCUUUAGGAACCUUGCCUUUCCGAACAACCUGAAGGCCCUAGAGCAGUAUAUU